AUGGCACUGCAAGCACCAACAGUCACUAUUUUCCUCCAUGGCGUUGCGCAAGACGCUACUGAGGAGUACCACGACGAGGAAGACGACGGCCUAGGCUACUACUCCGACGGUACGAAGCGCACCAUCACGGAUGAGCAGAUCGCCAUGUUCCGGCACUCCGAGAUCCAGGCCAUCCUUCGCAAACGCAGACUGCGACGCGAGGCAGGUGAGCUCUCUGAAGAGGGCGAGGUUGAAACGGAACCCAAGGAUGCUGCCAGUUCUGCGUCAGCAUCCACGCCAGGACAUACGACCAGGCCAAAGGCGCAACAGUGGGCUACCAGUAGCGACAGGACAAAGAAGAGGAACAAGAAGAACAGAGACAAAUACAAGGUCAAGAAAAGAGAGAUGAAAUUGGAGCGGGAGCGUACAAAGAAGGAUGGCCGGCUUUCGCCAUACCAUGAAUCGGAGAGCGACGAGUGGGACCCAUGGCACCAAGCCAAUGGUCCGGAUGUGCAAAAGGAAGACAAGCUCGAGUUGGACUACUGA